GAGUACAGAUGAACCUGGGGCCACGGUAGUUUCUUAUCACGAACAUUCAUACUGCGGCUGCCCCGAUUAGAGCAAUCCUCUUCAGUUACUGUUCAAAGCUUCCUUAAUCGAUCCUACCCAUGGCCGGGCUCGUGUUCUGUCUGUCCCACUCCGAGUAGCAGCAGCAGCAGCGGAACAAAUACACUGAAAUGAGCAUUCCGCCGGCCAUGUGGACGGGACUCCAGCCGUCGCCGUUCACGCUAGCGCAGUGGCAGGAGCUCGAACACCAAGCUCUCAUUUUUAAGUAUCUCAAAGCCGGAUUAUCCGUUCCGCCCGACCUUCUCGCUCCGAUUCACAAGAGUCUUCAAUUGAUGCCGGUUCCUCAUUCAGCUCUGGGUUAUGGCUCCUAUUUCGGGAAGAAGAUAGACCCAGAACCGGGAAGGUGCCGGAGAACCGACGGCAAGAAAUGGAGGUGUUCGAGAGACGCUCACCCAGACUCAAAGUACUGUGAGCGACACAUGAUUCGCCGUCGUCAUCGUUCAAGAAAGCCUGUGGAAGCAUCACAAGCUGCUCAUCCUCCUGCUCAGUCUUCGGAGGUUAGUGGUGGGACCAGAAGUGGUUGUGGAAAAUCAUUUGCCAGCCUGCCUCUUCACACUAAUGGUACUCGUGAGGGUAUAAACCUUGGAAACAACUUAUCACAGCUUCAGAUGGAGUCUCUUCCCAGUGAGAUUAACAGUAAAGAGUACAGGUUUGGACUGGAAUCUGAAGUAGAUGAGCAUGACUUCUUUCAGAAAGACCUGGGAAGUGUGAGGUAUCUUGGUUUUGACCCUUCCUCGGACAGCAUGUGGUCUCAGCUGUCUCACAUUUCCUCAAACACUGUCUCUGAAUCAAGUGAUAGUUCUGUCAUGGCUAGCAACUGCUUUCAACUGCAAGCAAUGCCGGAUGCUGAGCCGCAUUCAAACAUCGAUGCCGUGACAUCCAAGCAACUCGUCUACAGUGGCCAGUUAGGUUCAACUGGUUGCUUGAAACAGGACUACCAGUCCCCUCAAACUCUCAUCAGUACUUGGCCAUGGAAGAAGGAGCUGGGCUCACCUGUGAUGGAUUAUAGACCCAAUAAGGAUUCGACAGGCAACCCGGAUGUCAAUGUUGAUUGCUGUGGAUCUCUGUAAGAUACCAUAGAAAGCUUUGAAUAAAUAUAAUAGAAUUCCUCAGGCAUUGGAAAGAAGAAUUCUCAGACUGAGCAUACUGGUUUUAGAGGAAUCACAUUAUUAAUUUCCCAGCUCCAUAUUUGUGGUUUCAUUUCAUAGCUUCCUAUUUACUUGAAGGAUUUCUGUUGUUUUAAUGUUGUAAGUUCAGUCUUUGCCUUUUAAUUUAUCGUACUGGAAUUUAGUUUUGCUGUUGAA